AUGUCAUCACUAACAUCAGCCGCUUUUAACAUCAGACGACAACUUGAACAUGAUUACAAAGAAGUGCUUCUUAAGAUCAAGAGGGGCUUGACGGAAGAUAGUGAAAAAGAGUUUCGCUUCUACUACACCGUCUAUGCGGAAACUAGUGACACUCUGGAACUUUUUCGCCUAUUAGAAGAUGCCCAGGAGAUUUCUUGGGAAGACGUGAGCUCGCUUAAGAACGGUUUGCGUGCAGUACAGAGACAGGACCUUAAAAAAAUCUUAACAGAAUUUGAAAAGAAGAGAAAUCUGACUGCUCUGGUAUAUAUGUAUGCAAGAAAACGGCAGGGCUUUGAGGAUUCUUUUUCUUGCUUCAAUUCGGUCGAACAGGCAGCUACGUAUCUCACAAAAACGACAGCGCAAGGAAUUUCUGCAGACGGCACCUUAAAAUCAUUGCUGGAAUCGAGAAAGAGUAUCAAGAAAGUCAUAGGCGAGUUCGAUGAGGUGAUCAAACGCGAACGUUUGGAUCCGUGGAGACAGCUUACUCUUUUGGUUGAUAUCGCUGGAGAAACCGUCGCUGAAGCCUUUGUAAUGAGCGAAGAACGUCGUCUCACGUCUGAAGAAAUCGGUGAAAUGUGUAGAAGCGCCGCUGAUGAGCUUUACUGUCGAAUGCCAGAACUGGGGACGUGGGUAAGUUGACGAAUAAGAAAUCAUCAGAUUUUAGUUGGCAUGAUUGUAAAUGGCGUUGUAUUCGCGAUCAUAGGCGGAAGCGGAAAAUUCAUCAUAAAGCAUUGCCAAAAGAGAAACGCUCCGCUAGAUUAAGGAAAUUCGUGUCCUAUUUAAUUGUUCAGAGUAAUGUUGUAGACUUCAGAGACUUGCCACAAGUAUGAUAGUCAUGAUUUAGUAUCAAGAAUCCCUCGCGUGAUCUAUCUGGUGCCAAACAGAUGCAGAAAUAUUAAAGAUACGAAGUCUUCUUGUUUGUCUACCUGUACUAGUAGCCUUUAAGAUAAAGAAGGUCGAGAUUAAGUUCGACUGUUGAUUCAGACGGUCGAACUUUACAUGUGCCGAACCUAAUUCGUGGCGAAAGGAAAUAUCAUCCUUACAGCUUAAAAUAGGAAAAUAUACUGAAAAAAGUAAAAGUUACCAAGCCAGGAUAUUCUUGUUUUGAUUUUAGUGUGAUUUGUGUUCUGCUAUGGUAAGGAGACAGCUGAGGAUAUCGUGAUCGUGAUAUUUGGACUAAAUAAAGUAACGCCAUAAAUUUUAAGAUACAUAACGAUUUCUUUAUGGAUAUAUAAAGAAAAGCAACUUUUUAAAAGACCGUUUUAAGCUGUCCAGUUUCAGUCUAAAAUCUGCAACGUGAAUGCUGGUAACCGUCGUUACGCUUCGUUACGCUUCUGUGAGCUCUGUCCACAAAGGCGCGAAAACCCAUUAAAUAGCCAAUCGGAAGCGCGGUUAUAUUAAAAAAUACGUUAACACAAUUUAUGCAUUAGGUUCGGCACAUGUGAAGUUCAACGUAUGAAUCGAAGUCGAUCUUUUUCCGUUCUAUUCGACCAGGUCAGUCGAAUAGAACAGCAGAGUCGACCCAAAUACAAAAGUGCCGUUCCUAAUUGAUUCAUAUGACGAACAUGUGCGGGACCUAAUAAUUAGGUUCAGCACAUGUAAAGUUCGACGUUUAAUUAGGUUCGGCACAUGUAAAGUUCGACGUUAGCUUGUUCCAGGCGAUGGUGGGGAGCGGGCAAAAAAUUAUGGCGAAAAAUUGACGAGGGAAAAAAUAGGGCGGGAAAAGGGGGAAUUCCUCGCUCCCGCCCCAGUUCCCACUCGUUUUUUCCCCUCGUGUCUCUUUUUACGCUGGCCGCGUACGAUUUAACUUGCUCCCCACUCUCUAAACGCCCGGAACAGGCUAGUUCGACGUUUGAACCGGGCCUACUUUCAGUGUUGGCCGACAAGCUUAAUUAAUUAAAAGUAAAUUAGGGACCCGUUAUUAUUUAUGUAGAGGAGGGGGGAGGGACCCCCCUCCCCCCACUGCAGACCAUGUAAAUAGCAAGUGACCCCCUUAUUUAUUUAGUAUUUACCUGAUGACCCCCCCCCACAACUCAUAUCUCCUCUUAUAUGCUCUACGAAGUAAUUAUUAAAAUGCAUGUAACAAUAAGACUUAAUUGGUAAAUAAACAUACUAAUCAUAAGAUGAUUAGUUACUUUGCAUAAAAAAGGAACUAACCUACUCUAUUACAAAAUCAGCAUAUAAAUAUGAGAGAAGUGAUAGAUUUUUACAAAUUGUUCCUUCAUGGUGAACACAAAACAAUGCAAAAUAUAAUUCUUUUCAAAUGAUUUUCCUGCAGUUGUAAAAGGACUACUUUCUUGUUGUUUCAUCAUGUUUUUCUUGGGAGUUUGAAGUGACAGGCAUUUCGUUAAAAGAAAAUUCAGUCAAACCAAAUAUUAAAGCAGAUAGGUCUGGAGUGCAAACAGAAUUUCUGUCAAAUACAAAUGACUAAGUUGUACAAAAUAGUGAUGGUUUAAAUAAGCAGAAAGCAAUAUGAUUAGCAAAAAUUUGUACCUGAUCUAGUAUUGCUGUUUCUCAUAUAUUGUUUGUGCUCUUCUAUUUAACUACUUUACCCAUCUUGCCCAAUGGACCCCUCUUAAAAUAUACGUAGCGAUCAAACUGCUGACCCCUCUAAACUUCUUUAUAAAAAAAGUUUAGCCCCCCUCUAGCCAAUCUGAAAUAGCCUUGACCCCCCUUCGACGCCCCCUACCCCGCCCCCGCACACCUCUACAUAAAUAAUGACCGGUUCCUUAUGGGUUCAUCUUUUCAGGAAGAUUUCUGUGAACAUAUAGAGGACACCUAUUACUCGGUUUUUCCGUCUCAACAAAAUUCAGCAUCUGCUAAAGAGAUCGCCGACGUGGUUCACCGACUGAUGAAGACCAAUGCGAUUUGUACCUGA